AUGACUCUGAAUAUAUUUACUCGUACAUUAAGAUCCACAAGAGAUAUUGUAUUUAAAAGAUUUAUAGGAACAUUCCUAAAAGCAAUAUUUGAAUGUUAUAUAUCAUUGCUAUUCGUACAAAUACCAAGAUUUUGUUAUUAUGCGAUUACAUUAGGAAAAACUGAUGAAAGACAUGAAAAACAAAAAAGUCUUCGAGCAAAAUUAACUGACGAUUCAAAUCCAUUAGCACCAUAUAGAGCUAUUGAGGUUCUUGAUAAACUUAAAAAUCAACCAGAAAAUAAAGUUGAAACUUUAGCUAUUAUUCCUGAGCUAUGUUUACAACGUUAUGGAGAUAAACAAACAAUGGGUGUCAGACCAAUUACUAAAGUUGAAGAUGAAAAACAACCAAAUGGAAAAGUUUUUAAAAAGUUUUCAUUUGGUGAAUAUCAAUUUACAACAUAUCGAGAGGCUUGUGCUCGUAUUGAUUCAAUUGGUCGUGGUUUAUUAUCAUUAGGUACUAAACCAGGUGAUAAAAUUUUAAUUUUUUCUGAAACACGUCCUGAAUGGUUAUUAACUGCAUUUGCUGCUUUUCAACAUAAAUUAACUGCGGUUACACUAUUACCAACAUUAGAUGAAGAAGGUGUUAAACAUGGAAUUCAAGAAUCAGAAAUUAAAACUAUUGUUACUUCACAAGAACUUCUUCCUAAAUUAGAAAAAAUAUUAGGUGAAACAGAAAAAGUUCGUCAUAUUAUCUAUUUUCCUUCACGUGCUAUAAAUGAAGAAGCUAAAAUACCAAAAGAUAAAAAUAAUAUACAAUUUAUUACAUUAGAAAAAUUUGAAGAACAAGGAAAACUUGCUUUUAUUGAUGAAGAAACUUUGAAAAAACGUCCUGAAAAAAAAGAUAUCGCUGUUAUUAUGUACACUAGUGGAAGUACUGGCCCACCAAAAGGAACAUGUAUAACACAUGAAAAUAUUGUUGCUGCGAUGACUGGUCAAAAGGAACGUAUUUUUCCAAUAGUUGAUAUUGACAGUGAUAUGUAUAUAGGUUAUUUACCAUUAGGUCAUAUUUUUGAACUUUGUUGUGAAAUACUUAUGUUUUAUUCGGGUAUUAAAUUGGGCUAUUCAUCUCCUCAGACAUUAACUGAUCAAUCGACAUCUGUUAAAAAAGGUCAAAAAGGAGAUUUACAAGAACUUCGACCAACUUUAAUGAAUGCCGUACCGACAAUUCUUGAUCGUAUUCAACAAGCUCUUUAUGGAAAAAUAAAAGAAUCAAAUUUUUUCGUACGUCAAUUAUUUAAUUUAGUAUGUGCAAUUAAAAAUAAACGUUUAGAAUAUGGUUUAAAAACUCCAAUACUUGAUCGAUUAGUAUUUUCUCGUUUUAAUAAAACGAUUCUUGGUGGUCGACUUAAAGCAAUUAUGUCUGGUGGUGCUAUUUUAGCUGAAAAUACUCAACGUUUUGCUGAAUGUGUACUAUGUGUUGACGUUUUUCAAGGUUAUGGUCUUACAGAAACAUGUGCUGGUGGAACUAUUACUGAUCAUUAUGAUAUAUCAGUUGGUCGUGCAGGAUAUCCAAUUAUAUCAAGUGAAUUUCGUUUAAUUGAUUGGGAAGAAGGUCAUUAUAAAACUACAGAUAAACCAAAUCCACGAGGUGAAGUUCUUAUUGGAGGAAAAAUUGUUGCUGAUUCAUAUUUUGGUGAUGCAGCAAAAGAAAAUGAUAAUUUUAAAGAAAUCGAAGGAACAAGAUAUUUUUAUACUGGUGAUAUUGGAGAAGUUUAUCCUGAUGGAACAUUAAAAAUUAUUGAUCGAAAGAAGGAUGUCGUUAAAAUAAGUAAUGGAGAAUUCGUAUCAUUAGCUAAAAUUGAAAUGUCAAUGAAAAAAUUACCAAUUGUUGAAAAUUGUUGUUGUUGUGCAAAAUCUUCAUCAGCAUAUACUAUUGCUUUAAUUUGUCCAAAUUCGAAAGAAAUCUCACGUUAUGCAGAAAAACAUUAUAAUGAAAAAGAAUGGAAAAAUAUAGCUGAUGAUGAAGAUUUCAAUGAUGAAAUACUUCGAAAAGUUAUUGAGAUUUGUAAAAAAGAUGGAGCUGCAAGUUAUGAAAUACCAAAAAAAAUCAAAAUUGUUAAAGAUCAUUGGACACCUGAAACUGGGCUUGUCAAUGAUGCACUUAAAUUAAAACGAAAAGCAAUUGGAGAAAAAUAUAAAGAUGAUAUUGAACAACUUUAUUCAGAUGAAUCGAAUAAUGAUUCAAAAAAGAAAACAAAACCAAAAUCAAACGAGAAAAAAGAUGAUAAUGACGAUGAUAAGAAAAAAGAUCAAUAA